AUGCGUCCGCACGAUAGCCUCGGCUGGCGCCUCACGGACGCCAACCCCGUGCGGGAGCCGUACGUGUUUGGGCCCCAGAGCGGCUGCACGAGGCAGGCCUUCCUGGAGCCGCUCGAGAGCGUGCGCCUCGAGAAAGCCACGCGGGAGAAGCCCUGUGGCUUCGACUUCAUCCUCGGGCCAUCCGACAGCGUGCGGCUGUUUGACGCGGAGGGCAACGAAGUCACGCGGGUGACGUGGAGGGCGCGCCCGCCGCCCGGCCACGAGAUCCGCCUGAUGCCGGGCGGCAAGUACAGGCCGGUGCUCCGGGACGGCAGCGUCCUCGACGUCAUGCGCUCCUCAGGGCUCUUCACGAUUUUCCUGGAGGCACUCGACGCCCUCGACCUCCGCGCGGCUCUCUCGCGGCCCGUCGACCCCGACUGGAGCGGCCCGCGCGUGCCCAGGCGCGGCGACGACGGCCCGGUCCUCCCGAGCUUCCCGUGGUGGUUCCGCCCCAGCGCCGUGCCCUUCACGCCCGCGCCCACGCCCCCCCCGGAGCGGGAGCGGCUCACGGAGCCCGGGAUCCCGAACCUGGGACCGUACACGAUCUUCGCGCCGACCGAUGACGCGUUCUACGACGCCCUUCAGGCCCUGGGGGGGUUCCGGGGGCCUCUCCUGAAGGAGGACCUGCUCAGCAGCCCGGAGCUGAAGGACGUGAUUCUGUACCACAUCGUGCCGGGCUCGUACAACUCGUCGUUCCUCGUCAACGCCACCGCGUACCAGACGGCGGCGGUGGCCGACGUCUACGUCGUCGAGGACCCCACGCGCGACAACGGCCUCCUCGUCAACGACGCCUGCACGGACGUCCCGACGCCGGAUCCGUUCACUUGCAAGGAACAAGCACAGUUCGGAUCCUGCUUUGAGCCGUGGAUGGUCGCACCGGCGCCCGGCUGGCAAGCAGGGUACUGCCAAGCCUCGUGCGAUCGCUGCCAGUGCCGCGAGGGAGGCGCGUCGUGCGCUCAGGUCCUCCUGUCGGACCUGACAGCCAGCAACGGCGUCGUGCAUGCAAUCAGCCGCCUGAUGUUCCCGCCGCCGGUGUUCGAAGAGGCGCCGGAGGUCGCCCUUGCCGCCGCGGAGCGCGAGCGCGAGCGCACGGCCGGGGCACGCGGCCUCCCGGACGAUGACGCGGGUGAGGGCGACGCGGACCUGAGCAGUCUGCUGCCGAGCAGCAACGGCGCGGCGCGGCGGCGGCGCACUACGCCAACUGCCCGGGACGCAGACGCUGUGCCGCGCGUCGAGGCGCAGGGCGCAGCCCUUCCUUGA